AUGAGCGAAGAAGACGAUGCCUUCGUUCACUGGGUGCACUAUGUGCGUCGCCUCAGCAACAUUUUUGCUCUAAGGGCUAGUGCCCAUGCGGCGGACGUGCGCCUCGAACGCAAGCUUCGGUAUGAUUAUGCCAAGCUUAAGGCCAGAGGCCAAUUGCGCAAGCUCACGCGCUAUGCUUCGGCUACUAAGGUAGCCGCGGGUGCUGGUCAGUCUGUGGCCAACAACCCGCCAACCCGCACCACUAGUGGUGGGGAACGGCCUCGGCCUCGAGAUGACCAUGGCCACGACGCUCAAAAGAAUCCAAAGCAUAUGGGCAGUCUUGCCGAAGGGGUACAUCAAAUUCCCAUGAGUUCUCAGACUCAGGGUACCCACGCCACUUUACCAGAUACUGGUAUUGACCCUGACGACGACGUCGUUUCAGUAGUCUCUCGAAUUGAAACUGACGACACCCAUGCUCAUCGAGCAGCGUCGGUGGUGGUCGGUGUACCGGUGGCAGUCCACGAGAAUUUGGUUCUCGAAAUGAAGAGUAUUUAA